AUGAAUUCACAGCCGUAUGAGGAAACUGGAACAUGGGACAGUGAUCAUAAGGAACUAUGGGGGGCCAUGAAGAUUUCUCUAACCGAUGGACCUAGCUGGGAUGACCUGAAAGAGGUCUUACGGAGAUGUAGAACCUGGUCGUAUGACAAGCGGAGAAUGGUUGGAUGCUUAUGUGUAAUUGCUGUUGGCGUCCUUGGGCUGCAUCAGUCUACAAAAAUUCCUCUUAAGUUUGCGAAAACCGUACUCGAUGUUGAGGCAUUUGAACAAUUCCCAUGGGGCAGAGUCGCUUGUGAGAGUUUGAUUGAGUUUGUGAAAUUGGCGGAUUUGAACAGCAAAUCUUAUACCAUUGGUGGUUUUGUCCCCAUUCUCCAAAUAUGGGUUUAUGAGGCGAUUACCAUUGUGGGUGAAAGGUUCGGGAACAAGAUUGACGGUAUGGAAGUUUCCCUUCUGUCAUGGGCUGGGUCGCGUAAGCGUUUCAACUUUGAUGAUCUUGUUCUCGAAGAAAAGAACAACCAGGAGAAGGUACGGGUUAGACAUAUUAUAGUUAAUAAUGGUGAGGACCCCAAACCACGGUGGACUGAUGAUACUGAGGAUGUUGGAGUGGAUAAAUUCUUGGAAGAUAUACUCCAUGAUCGGCUCCCCAGGAAUGUUUGGUCACUAAAUGCUGAAAAUAAGAGUAAAGAGAAAGAACCAGUCGACGAAAGCGACGAUGACUUUGUUGAAGCAUGCAUAUCUCGUACGUCAAAGAAAGUUCUGAGGAACAAUAAACGGAAAGGAGAAACAAGUGUCAAGGAAACAGAAACAGUCAGAAAUGUUCCAAGAGUAAGUUCGGCGGAAAAGCCGACAAAGUCAUCUAUUGAAAAUGAUGGUAUGGCUGAGGUGAUAAUGAAACUUCUCGGAGUACUUACAAACAAGGGUAAUGUGGCUUCGAAAAUGGCUUCAAUGGAGGGUAUGGUGGAAGGGAAAUUGCGUCAACUUGAAAAUGAACUGAAGGCGGUAAAAGAGUUGGAGAAAAAUGCGGCCAAUGAAGAACCAGUGCACUCUAGCGGCAGUCUCAAAGAUGACGGAAAUAGCAGGGAUCCGUCGUGGAUGGUUAUGCAGAAGCAGACAUCAGAUGGUAUGACGAUGCAGUGUGUUGCGAGAAGUACACCUGCGUUUGUGAAAGAAGCAGUUUUUCCUCCAUAUAAACCGACGGAUGACUUGAUCGACAUAACCGACGAAGUGGCCAAAGCCGAUGCAACCAUGACGAAACCAACUGAUUCAGGUUCAACGUUUUCUAACCUGGAAGAACGUGCUAAGUGUAACAAAGUGGACAUGGCUUUGAAUGCACUUGCAGGUGCCCUGGGUGUAAAGACACCUGCACCGAAGCGAAAAAAACAAAAGGCCCCUUCGCAGUUAUCCUCUUUCCUUGGAAAGUCUGCAGUCAGUCGCUUAAAGGAUGGUGUAAUUCGAUCUCUCAUAGCUUAUGAUCCGUUCCAUGAAAUAGAGCCAUUUAAAAUGGCACAGUUGAUCGAGAGGAUUAAUGAAGAAGAGGAGAAUCCAAUAGGGUCUUUUGUAGGAUCGUGCAACUUCUACAAAACUUUGAUGACUCCAAAAGAGAGGUGGCCAAAGACCGACUUGAAAUACGGAUGGCUUGGAGAAUGCCAUAUGUCCUCUUUCGCACAUUUGCUGAGGAAAAGAUCUCUCCGAGACCCAACUCCUUUCUAUAGCACCAGGAUUGCUUUCCCCGACCAAUGCUGGGUUUGUUCAUGGUAUCAUGACUACAAACAAUUUGCAAUCAAUCCAAAGAACUUCAUGUUCCGAGAGUCUUACAUAGAGGUGAUGAACGGCGCGUACCCGUAUUAUGCAAUUACAAACAAGAAAUGGGUGGCUGACGUUGAUCAUCUGUAUUUUGCGCACAACAUCAACGGCCGGCAUUGGAUAGCUCUUCAUGUUAACCUGGUCAGGCAACAUAUUGACGUCUAUGAUUGCAUCAUAAGUGCUUAUAGUGACAAGGAGAUAAUUGAGGAGGUCAAACCGUAUGCCAGGAUGCUUCCGUAUAUGCUUAGAUCUAUAGCACCUCCUGCAUCCAAAAAGGACAUCGUUCUAAAGCAGUAUACAAUUUACAGGAGGAGAUCCAAUGUGCCACAGAAUAUACAGAGUGGUGAUUGCAGUGUGUAUACAUGUAAGUUCUUAGAGUGUCUUGCUUUAGGUUACUCUUUCGAAGGGAUUAACGAUAAGAGCAUGCCUUUUAUGAGGAUGAAGCUUGCAGUCGAGAUUUUCGAUGAGGUCCCUGACACAUACAACCAAAUGUCUAAUCCACUACCUCGAGGUAAUGCGACUGACCGUCUGUUUCUACACAAUGACUCUCAGCCAUAG